CUUCUUUUCCUCUCUUUCCCCCAUCAGUGGACCAACCCAGUACUGUGCUGACUAUUCCAGUCCUGUGGAUUGCUGGAAAACCAUGUUUGAGCUACAGAGAGGACAAACCUGAAUAUCUACAUGUCCUGGUAUUUCAGAUGGGAGCAAAAUACAAUUUUUUGGGUCAAUGAAGAAUUUUAUUUUGGCUUUCAUUUCUUUUGUUCCUUCGUUUUGGUUUUUUAUUUAACUUUGGAAAAAGUUAGGUAUAGGCAAGGAGAAAGUGAGAUCUGUGUGUUUGGCAGGGGAUGGGGAUAGAAUGUAGGCUCUUCAUGCCCCCUCCCACAUAGUCCUACUUCUGGAUUUUUUUUCUCUUUCUUUAAUAAGAAAAAAAAUCUGCUUUUUUUAUUAUUGGAUCAGGAAUAUUCCAAGUUGGGUCAUCUAAGCCUCUCCACUACAAAUAGAUAAGAGGUUUUUUGUGUCAACUACCUUUCUCUGCAUCAGCUUUUCCAGUCAGAUCAGCAGGGUCCCAUUUCCAGAUUUUUCUGUCCCAUGCUGGGGGUUCGAGACUUGAGUUUUGUUUACCUUUAGUCCUGCAUUUCAAACAAGCUGAAAUUCUUGCAUCACCAUGUGAGCAGAGGAACUGCAGCUUUUACACCCUCUAGAGUUGAGAUCCCUGGAGAAAGGGCAGUUUCUAAUGCAAAACGGGACAGAAUUAAGAUUAUGAUUUAUUUUAGGUAUUGUUUACCUAACUCCAAAUCUAAAAUUUUCUUAUGAGGGGCAGAGCUGGUGGAAGAAUUGACAAAAGCAAUGGAAGAGGCACAUGUUUUGCUGGAAGACUUUCCUUUUGCUUUCCCCCAUUGGCCAGACAAUCACAGAGAUCACAAACACCUCGGCCACAAGAUGUGUGGCUGUAGAGCAAGCGUUCCCAGCACGAAGCAGUACUCGGUCAAUCAGCCAGCUCCUGCUUCCACCAAAAAAAGCCCUUCGGCUGCAGGCAUGACCAAGCGCAUACCUAUAGCCAAGCAGCUGGCUUCAAUAAAAGCUCUAGGAAAAAGCUCAGAGCUUGAAAAAGCUUUUGCUACCGUGGCUUUGGUGUACAACAACGCUGCUGACCCCAAGGGCAAGAUCAGCAAAGCUGAGACCAAAACCCUACUGCAAACCCAGUUUGGGAGUUUCAUCCAGGGCCAAGAAAACAAACCAAAAUACCAGGAAAUCAUUUCCACCCUGGAUGAGGAGUCGGAGAACAAAAUUGAUUUUGAAGAUUUCAUGAUCUUGUUAGUCAGCCUCACUCUAAUGUCUGACCUGCUGCAGGAGAUCAAAAAUGUGAAAACCACAAAAUGA